AUGAGGUAUUCAGCGGUAGUGACCGAUUUUGGUGACGAAGAAACGAAGUGCUUCAACAAACAUGGCGAGUUCGCCAACGUAUCUAGCCUAUAUGAGGUGAAGAAACUGGCCACAAUAUCAGGAGACCUGGAAAACGAUGAGAAUGAAGAGCCCGGCAAAGAGAGAACUAGCCCCUCGAUUAUUACUGAGGGUAAUGAGAAAUGGUUGGCAAUUGCUAUCGAAGGAACGAAUAUUUGUGGUGUAGGAUGGAUUGGGAGUAGCGGCAUUUUUGCGGUUCUUUCUUCCACAAUGGAGAUGACCUUGUUGUCGGCAAACUUCAAAGCUGUGUUGACAACGAUUACAUUACCCUCAACAUCUCACUGUAAGCGCGCCUACAUCUCGUCGGACCUUGUCAAGGACGUAUGCUAUGUCACCGUGGCUCGUGAAGACGGGGAGGCGUUCAUAUUUGAGAUUCCCGAAUGGUUUUCGAUGGAAAGUGCCAAUGGUGAAACGAUAAUAGAAGCGUGCAAAGCUUCUUUUGGAAACUCACGGUACACACGAACCGUUAGCAGACUCCUCCUGAAUAGCGUUGUAUCUAUUGGCGAAUACACAAUUACGGUUCCAGGGUCGCAUGCUCCUCUUCAAUUAUGUCAGGUAGGAAGCAUGGAAGUGGGUCUUCUGGGAGCUAUGGAGACGGCGGCGCUUUUUACACGGGUGCGCUAUUACUCUAAUGGUCGCUUCAUUAUCGGGCUGACUCUCGAAGGUCUAUUUGUUGUUUAUGAUCUAUGGACUUAUUCCAUUGUGCUCCAGAAGGACAUCAGGACAAACCAGGGGGAAGUCUUUACUGACUUUAUUGUAGUCAAUAAUCCAGGAAUUAAUCUGAAAUUGGGAAUGAUUGCUGUUAUCGUGAAAACACAGGACAAUGCAGAGAUGCAUAUUCGUUCUUUGCUGAAUUCCGAAAUAACUUAUCGUGUCGGGGUCAGUCCGGAGAGCACAUUAAUAGCGGUGUCUGAAGUUGCUGAUCGAGUUAUUUUAAUAGUUGAGUCCUUUGCUGGCAAAGACACAUUUAACAGUGAUACGGUGAAAGUUCGAGAACUAGUGGAAGCUCAACCGGAGAUGAAGCUUGAAAGGCUGAUUAGUAGGAAUCAAUUCGACCAGGCAGAACAGUUUGCUAUACAGUUCAGUUUAGAUAUACAGAAGGUGCAUGUUGCUAGAAUGCAUUAUUUGUUGUCACUGGCUGCCGUUAGCAACUCUGAUGAACAUUUCGCACAACUGAUGAACUGUCUUGAAAACGUCAAUGACCACAAUAUGGUUGGCGAGGUGUGUUUCUCUGGUGCCACAACAUUCGGCAGCUACGAGAGAAUAAUCACUUUGCUUACGUAUUCAAGAAAACGGGCUAUAACAGAUUCCGCGACGAUUGAUCAUCUAUCUCAAGUGUCAUAUCUGCUAGCGACAUAUAGCUUAGUGCAAGGUCCGGAAAAUGCAGGAUUUGCUAGUGAUUCUCUGUGGAAGUACUUUGUGUCGGGAAUGCAAAACGAGGAACAAUGGCAUGAAGUGUUCCUACGUACACUCGAAAAUGGAUUAGUGAAAGAGGCGCGAGUUGUGUGGAAUCGACACAUCGCUUCUAUCACUCCUUGUUUCAAUAAUGCGGACGACGAAGAAACGGCUGGAAAGAAUCUUUCGAAGUUUUUCGAGGUGUUACGUGCGGCCAUUUCAAAAGAGAUAGGAAUUUGGCGUGAUGCUGUCGCUUUCUUGGAGUUUGAUUUCGUACCUGCUUAUUUAUGGAAAGUUCCUAAACAGACAUCCACGUUAUUGGUCGACUUUCUACUUGAACUCGCUCGAGAAUUGGAGACGCUGGAUAGAGUCAACUUCCCUUUGAAUUCUCUGCAUGCUACUUCAACAUUUGAGCGCAUUAUUCAGAAACACGUCAACGAAACAGUUACGGGGACGCGACAGACGGAGCUAGCAUAUGUGGGAAGUCUGCUUUGUGCGGAUACCAGUGGAACAGCAUCUAGAUUGCGAGAACUGGAUACAUACAGUGCAAAUCUCAAAGUAAUUAAUCGACUAAAAGAAGUUUAUCAAUGUCCUCUUAGUUAUGGCACAUUUGUGAGCUUGAAUUGUGAAGAAAUCUGCUUUCAAAUCCUUCAACAAUGUUUGCGGAACCCAAAUUUAGUCAAGGAAAGCGUCGAGAAAUACGCUCGUCGGUAUAUGGCUGAGCAUAACCUGGAGCAAGAUGGAACGCUGUAUAAGUACGUCGAGGCUGUUUCUUCGAGUUCACCAGGCCUAAUUGUUGCGUCAAACGCAUGGCACGAUCACUGCCUUAUAGUCUGUGAAACCAUUCACAAUCUUUCCAUUAGAUGCAAGGCGAUUUGUAUGAUCGCAACCAGAGCUCAGCCUCCAUGGAACAAACGUUUGUCAGAGGCUGUGGAGUCUGUUCUGAACAAUCGUCAUGUUGAUCAAUCUAUAAAAAAGUCGUUAGAAGCGAUUUGUCGACGCGCUGAGCUAAGCCAAAUAAUGUUGGUCUACUCGACACCAUUCAUAAUGCUUGACCCUAUCCUUGAAUAUGAAUACAAAUUCGUCAAGUUUAUUCGCUUUAUGUUCAUCGACGAAAGGUAUAACAUAACCCAGCGUUUGGCUGAUGCUGUGAAGGAUCUCACACUAUGUCAAUUUUUGGAAAAUCUUCGUGCAGAUAGAGGCAGUGAGGUCUUGGACGAUGUGGUUUCUCAGCUUAUUGAUACUUGGAAAGCGAAAAUUGAUUCAGCGAUCAUUGCCUGGACCGAGAGUGCCGUAACUCAGAGGAUACGCCUAAUCGCGGCCGCAGAGAGCGUUAUCUUACGUUUUAUGAGCGGUGAUAGUUACUAUAUGGAGGUUUAUGAACAUUUGUGUUCCAUUCGAAAACUGCAGGAAGACCAUGGCAUGUACGUGAUCACUAAACAAUUGGAAAAUAAGAAAUGGAGGGAGGAUGCUCUGAAGAACUUCAUUGUUAACAAAGAACGCUCACUUCUCGAUAUUUUUUCGUUCUCUAACAUAUUGAGAAUGUCGAGGGAUGAAGCCAGUUGUCUAUCUAUUAAACUGGCAGUUGAGUCUGGAAACUCGAUGGGAGCUAUCACUGUCAUCAGAGACGCACUUCGUAGUGUUCCCAAUGCAUCACACGCAUUAGUUGACGCCUGUGUUCACGGUUGUGAAUUCGUCCUUUGGUGUCUUCAGGAAAGUGCUGGUAAAGUGAACUCCACGUCUGAUCCUGAUAUUGUUGGACAGUGCACUGAUUCGAUCAUCAUUCUAUCAAGAGUGCUUCCUAUUCUGGAACCUAUUACCAACCAUUCUUUAGGACUUUUAGAAGCUGUUACUAGGAUGCAUGGCUAUGUCGAUAUAUUCCUGCAAGUUGUCAAGCAGUGUAUGCUUGACGAUACGACAACCGAGACUACUAACGAAAAAGAAUCGGAAAGAAGUAACAAACUUCUCAACAGUGAUGAAUGCCGUAUUUACGGUGUUCGUCGUCGAGUGGGAGUAUACCAGAUGCGAAACGAAGGCCCACUUUUCGCUCGUAUGGAAGCUAUUGCUUCCGUUGCAUCUGUAGCGAGGAGUGUCGUUGGAACUGAAAACCUGGAGAACGAAGUGAGGACAGAACUCUACAUGGAACAAGCGGCGAAAUGGAGUGAUUUCUUCAAUUUUCUGUCGCUUUCAAAUCAAGAUCUUCUAGAAUUUCAAGCUAGAGUGUAUUCCACCUCCUUAGCUUGUUGGGAAUAUAUGGAAGAUAAAAUUAGACCAGAUUUUGGAUUGCGCAGUUCAGUUCGGAAUGUGUGUCUUCGUGCAAUGCAAGCACAUCCGUGUGAUUUAUGGACACCAUGCACUCUUCUAUCGUCAUUACCACCAUCUGUAGUUGAAGAGAUAGUUUUGGAGCUGCGAAGUAUAAUAGUCAAUAGGAAGUCGCCACAGACAAUGAUCAAUUUCCUUCGUAUUGUUCAGUUCUCUAUGAUCCUCACACAGAGUAGCACUCACGCAAAAAUGCUAACGUAUGCUAUUGAGUUAGUACAGUUGGCAUCAUCUAGUAAUGAAGAGCGCGAAGUUUCUACAUUGCUCGAGGUCGCAUAUCAAGCGUUGAAGGUAAAUGAAGUGCCCAUCUCAAAAGAAAAGUCACUCGUUGUCUUUCGUGAAGUUCUAUAUACUGUCUCCCCCUAUAAUUAUGCUGUUCUUGCAUUCAUUAUUUCUCAUCUGAAUUCCAUAUGUGAUGACGAAAAUCGAGAGUUUGUCACAGGAUGUUUAUCGGACCCAAAUAUCGAGGACUUUGGCGCACAUUGCCGAGAUUUCUUCGAAAACGGCACGCGACCAGGUUCGUGUAAUACAAGCAGAAUAUCGUUCAUGCAAGACGGCAAAGAGCACAACCUAUACGAACAAGAUGUUAUGGUUGCGAUGCCAGACGAGGCAAAACGACGUUUACCCGUUCACCCAUUCUUCUAUUUAGCGACCAGCGAUAUUGAACAAUUCUUGGUUCCCAUUAUUGAAAAAGAGCUUAACAUCUACAACGUUCUCAAUUGGCAAGCACUAUUGCGAAGUGUGCCUUGGUUGAAGAGCUGUUCACACUUCUCUCGAUCGCGUCUUCUCUCAAUAGCCGUCGGAACAAUAAGUGCAGAAGUUAUCGCUAAUGGCGAGGAUCUAUCAUCCCAUGAUAUGGAUACCAUCAAAUAUCUUCUCAUGCAUACGUCGUCAAGAAAUGCCGUCGUAAACUGCGUCGCUAUGUGUUUCAAGAAUUUACCACUAUGUGAGACAAAAAUACGCCUAAUGGAGGUGGGCAGAGAUGUUGCACAACACUGGCUAACAGCAUCGGACAUAGAGCCGCCGAUGGAUCGAAAUGAACGCGUGGAAGUUGAAGAGCAAGUAAACCGUCUCAACGUUGCAAUCGAGAGAUACAAUACCGAGUUGAUUUUGAAGAAGAAUGGACUGUACAAUGAGAAGACAUGUGAUCUAAUCGAGUCUCCUGCUGAUCUGAUUUGCCACAUCUACUCCAACAGUAUUAAUUGGAAAUCGGAAAACGAGAGGGUGAAACAAAUGGCGGUAGUAGAGCAACUUGCAAGAGCCAACCAUAUUACGAAUUUGGCGCAAAUUCAAGAGAAUUUGGUGGUAAAUUGGCUAAUCGCGGAUAAGGUGGAGGAGGCGUAUUCCGUGGAUCCAAAUGAUACUAUGGGAAACGCUGGCUUGGACGUUCCAAUGAAUUGCUCGAAUGAAGAUGAGAUCUUCCUUUCUCCAUUUUUCGAUAUUGAAAUUGAUAGAAUCGUGUUUGUCCUCAAACUGAUAGAUAUGGAAAAAAUCAUGCCAGAUUUGAUCUCAUAUAUGAGAAGGGAAGCUUCUAAUGUUGCUGGUGGAUUCAGAACCAUUGUGCGCGCAGCAUGCGUUCUCUUGCGUGCAUACACUGACGAGCAGCUGAAAAAAGUUAACUACGAUCAUCUGAAAAUUUGGGUAUUAUAUGAAAUACAACCAUCAUGUGCUAAGGUAUUUGUAAAACUCUGGAUUGUGGGCGUCUGCGACCUUGUACAUAGCAAUACGGCUAUUUGUAGUGUUGACUUGGAUGCUGUGUUAUAUGGACGUUUACUGGAUUUGGCGCAUGUUGAUAUUCCUCUGGACACAUUCCGCAGACAGGAGAAAUCAGUGAUUGUUCGUGGUCUGGUGGCUCCUGGAGCGAGAUGGACUCCUCAGCUUGCUUUCUUGGUUGCGUCUCUUAUUAUUGAUAACGAAAUUGCGGAUUGUUCGGUGGUUGAGAUGGUACUGAAUCGUUUGCAGUCGGCGCAAAAACGGGAAAUUUUUGUCACAUUACUGAACUAUUGUCGGCAAGAAAAGAAACUCCAUCGGGUACAGAAUCUGGCCAGACUUUGGGCAAGGGCUGCUGAAUGGUCGCUAAGUCGUAUUGACCAUGUUAAAGAUGAGUUCCGUGAUGAAUUCGAACGCUGGUUCUAUUUUGCCAUCUCGUGUCCCGUUGAUGGUGGUCGUGCUUUUGAUUCAAUCCGAAAUAUACUACGUGAACGCAAUUAUGUAGUGGCUGCGUACCUUAUUGGAGUCACUGGAUCAUGUACUCAGAGAUCCACCCCGCUCGACUUUUCGACAGUGGAUCCUGAACGAGACCUCGUUUUUAAAUGGACAAGGGACGCAAUCGAAAAUAUGGCUAUUGAGAAGUAA